AUGGGGGGGGGGCGGUCUGCGACCCGCGUUCCUUCCUCCCUGACGCCCCGCUCGUCUCUCCCCGCAGAGCACCAGCACGCUCGUUACAACCCGCUGCGGGAUGACUGGGUGCUGGUGUCAGCCCACCGGGUGAAGCGACCCUGGCAGGGGCAGCUGGAGAAGCCACCCCCGGAGGAUGUCCCCCGCUGGGACCCCAACAACCCUCUUUGCCCCGGGGCCACCCGGGCCAACGGCAAGGUGAACCCCCAGUACGAGGGCACCUUCGUCUUCCCAAAUGACUUCCCUGCACUGCAGCCCGAUGCUCCUGAGCCUGGUGACAACGAUCACCCCUUGUUUCAAGCUGCAGCAGCCCGGGGUGUGUGCAAGGUGAUGUGCUUCCACCCUUGGUCGGACCUGACGCUGCCCCUCAUGUCCCUGGCAGAGAUCCGGGCUGUCAUCGACGCGUGGGCAGAGCUGGCCGUCGAGCUGGGUGCCUCCUACCCUUGGGUGCAGAUCUUUGAGAACAAGGGAGCGAUGAUGGGCUGCUCCAACCCACACCCCCACUGCCAGGUGUGGGCCAGCAGCUUCCUACCGAACGAGGCAUGUGUGGAGGACCGGACCCAGCGGCAGUACCUGAGCCAGCACGGCAUGCCCAUGCUGCUGGAGUAUGCUGAGCAGGAGGCUCGCCGAAAGGAGCGGCUGGUGGUGGAGAACGCGGACUGGUUGGUUGUGGUUCCGUACUGGGCCACCUGGCCCUACCAGACCCUGCUGCUGCCCCGGCGCCCCGUCUGCCGCCUCCAGGACCUCCAUGAGGGCGAGAGGGACAGUCUGGCCUCCAUCAUGCAGAGGCUGCUCAUCAAGUACGACAACCUCUUCGAAGUCUCCUUCCCCUACUCCAUGGGCUGGCAUGGAGCCCCCACGGGCCCCUACCUGGAGGAGGACUGUGGGCACUGGCAGCUCCAUGCCCACUACUACCCUCCGCUGCUCCGCUCCGCCACCGUCCGCAAGUUCAUGGUGGGCUAUGAGAUGCUGGCGCAGGCGCAGCGGGACCUCACCCCAGAGCAGGCAGCUGAGCGCCUCAGGAGCCUCCCUGAGGUGCACUACAAGCAGAAGGCCAAGGAGAUGUCAUGA